GUGAGGAGCUUUGCUCAAGCAGGGCAUGAAUUGUAUCGUGGUAACGGAGAGCGAAUGUUCUCGAGAGAAGCUGGAGACGGAAAACUCUGUCAAUGGGGAUGCCAAGCGCACUACUGGCAGGAAAUGGACGGUUUUGGAUUUAUGCUUCACCGGCGUAUUCUGGUUACUGUGGCUGCUGUGGACCAGACAUCAUGUCCGAGCAAUGGAAGGCCAUGCUGGACGCAGCGGCCGAUAACGAGAGACCUUUCUUUCAGAAACUUUAUGAGGACGCAAUACACAGAGAAAGAGAGGCAGAGGCAGCAGCCAGAGCCACAAGUAUUGCUGAACAGGUGGCCCUCCUUGCGGUUCCGGAAUCAAAUGAUGACCGGUUCCAAGAGAAGCUAGCUGCUGCCGUAGCAGCCUUGGUUCAACUGCGGACCUUGGAAGACCUUGAGUCCCGUGUGACAACUCUGGAGCAGCGGAACCAGGAGCUGCAGGCUGAGAUAGUUAGCCUCAAACAGUCCCAAUUGUUUGCCCCUCAUCCUCCUAACCCUCGACCUGCUGCAGUCCCAGUCUCUCACCCUAACAUAGUCCUCAUGACAAGAGCAAGUGGAACUGUGUCGAGCGCAGGAACCGGUGUCAGCUCCUCAAACGGCGGCGCCGGCAGUUUUGCACUGGUCAUAGUCCCAAAUGCAGGAACGUCAGCCCAAAACGCCACAGUUCUUACUGGCGUACAGUACAGCGGUCCCGUAGUGGACAAGCGGACGACCACUCUGCCGUCCAAAUACGACGGGAAAGGGGAUAUCACCUCUUGGAUUAGCUCCAUGCGCUCAUACUUCGAGGUACUGCGAACACCGCAGGAAGACCGAAGCAUGAUCAUGGGCACUAAUACUGAGCCCGUUGUACAGAGUUUCAUAGAACUCCAAGCUAUUACUGCAGGUUAUGAGAGGAUUGACCUGACCGAGUGGCUAAAAGUGACUCCUGUACGUACUCUUGAGGACCUCCUCAUCACGCAAUAUCAGGAUAAGCGCGUUGCGCUCAAGGCAAGGCUGAAGCUUGAGGCCCUCAAGGGCCAAACGUGGAGAACUUCCAUGCAGGCUGUGGAGCAGCACUUGGCUGGAUUGUUCACCACUCCAAACCUGGGAUGGACCGACGAGUCUUGCAUGGAUGUAGUCUUGGGAGUGGCCCCUAAAGAAUAUGUCUCCCGGCUAGGACUCAAAGACCAUACGACUUGCAAACGCAUGCCCAACCACAAGGUAGCUACCUCCACGUAUAUGCGUGAGCUCUACGCCUUGCGCGAGGCGCUCACACAUUGGAAGCACUACCUCUUGGGUCGUCACUUCAAGGUCUACUCAGAUCAUCAGACCUUGCAUUGGAUUAAAACACAAACUGAUCUCUCUCCGACGUUGACCCGCUGGGUGCAUGACAUUGAUGUUUACAACUUUGAACUGAAACACAAGAAAGGUUGUUAUAACCGUGUUGCUGAUGCUUUGCCGCGCCAUCCUGAGUUAUUGACUUGCCUUGUGGACUCAUAUGACCUCCUAAGGAAACUGAAGGAGGUUCUGGUCAAACACACUGCCAAGGAUCCGGACCUUAGUCCCAUCCUUGAGCAGCUCCAGGCCGACCCUAGUAGUCAGCCUGAUUCUCACGAGUGUGAGUAUCUUGUAUUCCGCCGGUACGGGAAGUUUGAUCGUUUAUGUGUACCCAACCAUGCGCCUCUCCGGAAUCAUUUCUUGGACUUAGCACAUGGUCGGAGUGGACACUUCGGCUUUGAGAAGGCUUAUGGAAGUCUUCUGCAACAGUUUAAUUGGUUGGGAAUGACGGGAUCUGCUCAUAAAUUUAUUGUUAAAUGUCAAGUCUGGCAAAGAACCAAGGUCCAUAGGCAUAAGCUGUAUGACCUGCUGAAACCCCUCCCAAUUCCUGAUGGGUCCGGUGAGUCGGUCUCUAUCGAUUUCACUGACAUGGGGAAGGUGAGCGAAGGAGGACAUUCACAAGUCAUGGUCAUCGUGGAUUUUCUGAAUUUGAUUCCUCUACCUUCUCAUGCACCAACUGAGCUAGUGAUCGAAGAAUUUCACCAGAAGUACAUUCUGCAGUAUGGACCACCAAAAACUCUUGUGAGUGAUCGGGACACUAGGUUCAUUAGUGCAGAUUGGACGAAAUUCACUUCACAGAUCUAUGACAUUAAACUCAACAAGACUUCUGGUCGACACCCCGAAGCCAAUGGACUGGCCGAGGAAAUCAACCAGACUGUCAUUCAACUACUUCGCGCAUUAAUUGUUCCAGAUCAGAACAUGUGGGACAAGGAGUUACACAAAGUGAAAGGGUUGUACAACAACUCCAUUCACUCUGCAACUGGCGUGACGCCGAAUCAGCUUCAAUAUGGUUGGCAGUUGCGCAAUCCUCUCUCCUAUUUGUUCCCCGAGCGGUUCCCUGGUCUGACGCCCGACAUGCUUGGCUACAAUGCCAAGUACGCACGCCUGCUCAAAGCUGCUAUCGCAGCAAUGAACAAGCGUCAGCAUGCCAUGAUCAAACAUGCUAACAAGUCGCGCAAAGAAGCGAACUUCAAAGUAGGGAGUUAUGUCUGGGUCAAAAUGUCUGAGUUUUCUGAUGAAGAGGGCGUAUCACGAAAGCUUUUUCCAUUGUACUAUGGCCCUUGGCAGGUUCUUAAGGUGAUUGGGGAUGAACUUGGUCCUUCGUAUGUGAUUGACGUGCCUCUUCGUCUGCGCACAUGUCCGGUCUUUCACGCGUCCAAACUGUUUCCACACAUCGAUGAUGAGACUUUUCCCUUCCGAGAUCCUAUGAUACCUCGUCCUAUCGACGACGGCCAUGAGAUAGACAGAAUCGUGUCCCAUGAAGGAAGAGGGAGGAACAAACAGUACAAGGUUCACUUCCUCCAUCACCCGUUGAAUGAGUUUUUCUGGAUCGACCAGAAAGAGCUGCUAAAAAAUGCUCCACGAGUGGUUAACGCCUAUGAACGACAGAUCGCUGAUGGACAAACUGCUAAGUUUUCUGCAAAACUCACUCCUCACAGCUCGAGAAGAGCAAGCAGCCGCUCUGCUGAAGGAGAAGAAAGAGAAGAUGGAGAAGGAGUUGAUAAAGCAGGCGAAGAUGUUGGCCUUGAUAGAGGAGCAGAAGGCCAAGCAAAAACAAAAAUAGAGAAAGAAGAAGAAGAAGAGGUAGAGGUUCCCCUGCAAAGGAAUGUAAGGAGGGAAGAGAGAGGGGAAUCUAGCGGAGCGCAAGAAGUAGACGCAAAAGUGGAGAGGAUGGUGAACGAAUGGGUGGCCAACCUGGCAUUGGGGGAGGAAGAAGAAGCAUUGUUGCUUGUCCCUCAGGCAGAGAGGAAGGCGUUUGCAAAAGAGUUGGAAGGGGAGGAGAACCCCUUGCAGCAACGGACCAUAGAGGAGGAGGAGAAGUUGGAGUGGAAACUGCGCCUAACAAGCGAAAGAAGGAGGAAAUUGGAGGCGGCAGAAACGAUGGAGAGAGAGCUACAGGCCGCAGAAAAGCAACGGGGGCAAUUGGUAGCACAAGUAGACCUCCAAAGGAAAAUAGAGAUUGUUUCUCAGAACAUGGAGGUGGUUUUGAAGGCCCAACAGGAGCAGUUGUGCUACCCGAAAGGCCACGAUAUUGCCCUGCAGUCCAUACGCAAAGGUUUUCAAGAUUUUGCAAUGGAUAUGAUGAUGCGCGUGGGCACUCAGUUGCACGCUGCUAUGGAAGGCACUGAGAAGUUUUGCGUAGGAACGAAGGGAAUAGCUGAAGGUUUGGCGAAAAACAAGGUUCUGAGGAAGCUUCGGUUGAAUUGGAACGGACUGGAUGACAGGGGUGGUGAGCACAUCGGGAUUAUGCUGAGGACAAACAAGGGCAUUGUAGAGUUGUCAAUGAGCAAUACCAGGGCAGGGCCCAAUGCAUGUUUGGUGUUGGGAGAAGCGUUAAAACACAACGCAACACUCAAGAUGCUUGAUGUCAGCUACAACCCACUUGGUGAAGAUGGAGGACGCCAUCUCAUGAUGGGCAUUGAGGAUGAUCUGACUGAGAUGACCCUCAAGUACCAUGAACUGACAAAGGAGGUGGCGGACCUGCGACAAGCCCAAGUGGCCAACCCUCUUCCUCUACCUCCUAGAUCUGAAGCUGCAAUCGAAACUACCUCUGCCCCUCUUACUGUAUCUUCUUCUACCUCUUCUUCGGGUGUGAUGGCAACCUCCUCAGGACCUGCAGCAGGUGCAGAUUCCACUGUUGCUGUAACAAGCAAUGAGGCUGGAACUUCGGCAAUUGCUGCAGCCCCAAGGCCGGAACCAGCUGCUGCUGGUCCCAGCUAUGCCAGUCCCUACGUGGACCGGAAGGCGGUACAAAUGCCGUCCAAGUACGACAGCAAGAAUGACAUCGAGCGGGGGUGCAAGGUCUUCUCCAAGAUCGAUCUCAAGUCUGGCUACCACCAGAUUGAAGUCGAUUCUGCGGACCAGCACAAGACUGCGUUCAAAACUCGCAACGGGCUUUAUGAGUUUACCGUAGUGCCCUUCGGUCUCACGAACGCACCAGCCACUUUCCAAAGCCUCAUGGACAAGGUCCUCCGCGAACAGAUUGGCCGGUUCGUGGUAGUGUACCUGGACGAUAUUCUAAUUUUCAGCAAGUCCAUGGAGGAACACCUCAAGCAUCUUGAGGAGGUGCUCGCGAUGCUCAAGAAGACGCAGCGCCAUCUCAACUUGGAGAAAUUUGAGUUUGGGAAGGAUAGCGUCAUCUAUCUUGGGCACCGGUUGUCUGCCGCAGGCCUAGAGCCUGAGGCAACUAAGAUUGAGGUCAUACGUAAUUGGCCUCAGCCUGCGAACAUUCGCGAAUUGCGUUCUUUCCUUGGUCUCGCGUCGUACUAUCGGAAGUUUGUAGCCCGUUUUUCUAUCAUUGCUCGUCCGUUGUUGCGACUAACCAGUAAAAAUGUGUCUUAUUCCUGGGAUGUCGCGUGUACGGAAGCUUUUCGAACCCUCAAGGAAGCUUUGGUAAGUUACCCGGUACUCCGCAUUGCAGAUCCCAAACUGACCUUCGUAGUUACUACGGAUGCAAGUCGGUAUGGAAUCGGUGCAGUGCUGCAACAUGAUGACGGUGAUGGCCUGCGGCCGCUCGAAUACUACAGCAAACGAAUGCCCAGCGUAAAGGUAGCCACUUCCACCUACAUGCGCGAGCUCUACGCUUUGCGUAUGGCAUUGGAUCACUGGAAACAUUCCCUUUUGGGACGCCACUUCAAAGUCUUCUCAGAUCAUGAGACCUUGAAGUGGAUCAAACAGCAGACUACUCUGUCCCCUACCUUGCUUCGUUGGUUUCAUGAGGUUGACAUCUUUGAUUUUGAAUUGAGACAUAAAAAGGGUUGUUACAAUCGAGGCGCUGACGCUUUGUCUCGCCACCUUGAGUACAUGACUUGCCUUGUGAAAUCCUACGACCUCCGGAAGAAAUUGAAGGAGGACCUCGUAGAGCAGACAGCCAAGGAUCCGGAACUCAGUUCCAUCCUUGAGCAGCUGCGGGCUGAUCCUAGUAACGACGACGCAGAUUUCGAGGAGGUUGCGGAAGAUGUGGUUCAUGGUAGAUUGGACGGUGGUGGGGGCAUUGGUGAGUCUGAAUGGCAUCACGGGGAACUCGUAGUGCCCGAGCCACGAGCGGAAGGCGGUCUUGUGGGUGUCCUCCUCGCGGAUACGGAUCUGGUGGAAGCCACUGCGAAGGUCGAUCUUGGUAAAGUACUUGGCUCCACAGAGACGAUCAAGGAGCUCGAAAAUCCGAGGCGGGCGUGGGCUGGUGGUGGGGGUGGAGGAGUCGAUCGUGGUGAAGCAUGCGAGAGGGAGGUCAGCAAGGGGCAUGUCGGGUUCGUGGGCGAGGGCGGUUGCAAGGUCUUUGUGGCAUACUCGUUUGAUGCGGGAGAUGAACGCAAAGUCAGGAAUGACGGUGGUGGGGAGGUGGUGGCAGAGGGACCGGACGUAUUGGACGAAACGGUCCCUGGGACCGGUCAGGCGGAGGUGGCAGAAUUGUUCAAGGUAGUCAUCAAUGGUUUUCUGGGGGCGGAAGGUGGCUGUGAGAAGGUUGGCCCAUUGGAGGAAGGAGUGACGUGGUCCUCCGGAGGCUCGGCGGUUGCUGACUUCAGCCAUCCACCAUUUGGCGGCAUUGUCGAGGAGGCGGGAGGUGGCAAUGGGGAGCCAGUGGGCAAGGGGCAUGUGGUGGAGGUGAAGAGAGUUUUGGAGUUGGUGACGGAGGUUUGGAAGGUGUUGAGUGCGUGGAGGAUGGCAGAGAGGUCGGGGGUGGCGGUGUUUGCUGGUGGUUGUUCGCCUGCGAGGUUGUCGGCGAUGCUAUCGAUCGAGUCGGUGCGGAUAUCAGACAUGUUGAUGGAGGAUGAGGCCAUGUCGGGGGAAGAGGGGGUGGAGGACGCGGCCGGAACGGAUGUGGAGGAUGCAGCAGCAGCGGUGGCGGCGGCAGCAGCGGCAGCGUUGGGAGUUCUUGGUUUGGUGUGGCGGCAUGUGGAGGGGGGGGGGCAAUCCCUUAUUUAUCAAUAAAUUCAAAAAUAAAGAUAAUUGCCAAGA